CGCUUAAUCACACCUCCUAUAUUUCACAAUUAAUUGAAAGACACAAGCCAAGAACAAUGUUGCGGCGUCUCAUCUGCAAUCCGCCGACUCUGCCAACGUCUUCGUUGUCACCACUUUUGUGGGCGGCGUCACGACGCCGACAUCACGCUGGAGAUCACGCGCCCUGCCGCCGGUCAAGUGGAACAAAUCUUAAAGACGUCGAACGCCUAAUACUGCAAGAAACGAAAAUUUCACGUGAUCAUUUAACACCAGAGAUAGCGCUACAUCUCAUAACACCAGAAUGUCGACUGUUUCAUGAACCUGUACCCAAUAUAAAUGUGACAAAGUUGUUCAAAGAGGAUCCCUUUUGGGCAUUCUACUGGCCUGGCGGACAGGCUAUCAGUCGUUACGUACUCGAUAAUCCAUCUUUGGUAGCUGGCAAAUCGGUGCUAGAUGUGGGCAGCGGUUGUGGAGCAAGCGCCGUGGCUGCGCUAAUGCACAAUGCAAAAUAUGUAGUGGCAAAUGACAUUGACGAAGCGGCUGGUUGCGCUGUUGUACUGAACGCCCAGUUAAAUGGGAUAGACCUGGAGCACUUACAUAUUUGUACCGAUAAUUUAAUAAAAGCCUCACAGUUGGUAAAGGAGGACCUAAUUCUAUUGGGUGAUGUUUUCUACGAUGAAGAAUUUGCCGCCGUCUUACAACCAUGGUUGCAGUGUCUACGCAAAGCGGGGAAGCAAAUACUUGUUGGGGAUCCGGGACGUCAUGGCCUGACAGCGGACAGACGGCAGCAUAUGAGACGUUUAGCCAAAUACGAAUUGACCGAGAGUGGCUGCAUUGAGAAUAAUGGUUUUCGCUUUGUUAAUGUUUGGGAAUUGAUAUAGUAAUUGAUUUAACUGUAUAUAUGGUAUAUCUACUAUGAUAUAAUAAAUAUUUAAUAGCAUAAUUUAAUAAACUAAAUUAAAAAACAAUUGAGGAGAACAUAAUAAAUACAAUAAUACCAUUUAUACCAA